AUGUGCUUCGGAAACAGCAAAACUAUAGACGAUCCGACCCAACCGGCGGUGCGCUCCACCAACCUGUGGAGUCACAAGGUCCACGAUCCUACGCAACAACCCAUCUACACGACCGAAUCCAACGACGCUGAGAUGACCAGGAUGCACAGUGCAGGCAGGAAGGAGCGCAAGGGAGGCCACAAGGACCGUCCAGAAUUCGUCGAUAUGACCGACGAGAGCAACAUGCAGGGCCCAAGGAUGAAGGAGCGCAGAGCAAGCCACAAAGACCGGCCAGAAUAUGUCGACGUCACCGAUCGAGAGGUCAAGCCCAAGGCAAGAACGCUGUCUGACUUGGAAGCCGAUGCAGCGCGGCUCGUCCAGAGGGACAGCGGAGAAGCAGUUCCCCGGCGGAAGAAGCCAAGUUGGAACACUUUUGCCUACGGCGCCGGAGUAGGUGCUGUCUUCGCCGCCAAUCCGUCGGGAUGA